AAAAAGCGUUAUAAAAUAUAAUAGACUUAGAGUUAAAUAUUUUAAUUCAACAGACUUUUCAGAUUACAAUACCAUCUUCAUCCAAGAUAAUCGUACGCAACGAUGAUAGUUUUAUCGUCGAAUUCGCUUCAUCUCCAGGACCCUAACAAGUCGAUCUUCACGUAACAUAAUUUUGAAACUUCGGGGUAAUCUCCAAGAUCAUUUUCACGCACAGUGGUGGCGCGCUAUGGUUCCUGUUGACCUCUCCAACGCUCCGACGAGCUGCAAUCUCCACGGCCCGACAGCCAUCGCUUCUCCAGCACCAAUGGAAACCUGCAACGUAGACCCGCUUGCCCGCCUGCCCAAUGGCCCCCGACAUGCACGCUCUACCAGAGGAAGGCACCGCCGACAAGGCUCUUUCCGUGCUGAAGAACGACCAUCUCGAACGAGUAAUCCAAUUGCGUGACAAGAUCUGCGCCCGCGAGACCGACCCGGAGAGAUACGAACUGUGUGUGCAAAUGCGGGACGAGCUUCUCCGGGAGAGCUCCGAAGUCCAGCUUCUGGCCGCCGCCUACGAUCAUGUCAUGUCUACUCAUUGCGCCAAGUACAAGGAUCGGAAAUUGGCCAGGGAAAAGCGGUCGACCAAGCGGACAAAACUGGACGAGGAUUCAGAGUGGAACAGGUUCCUCGACGUUGCAGAGAGCGGUCUGGAGUUCAAAUCCCAAUGUCUCUCUCCGCUAAAGACGGUAGCGGCCUGCUGGGGAGAGGAUGUUGUCCAGCACUACCAGUGGGUUUACAAGGGACCCAAAUACUGCAAAGUGCUCUGCACAGCAGCACGGAACGUUAACACCUGGAAGAGGGCCGUAGAGGCGUUGAAUUGGUUGAUGCUCAAACGAUCUCAGCAGGGACCGAGUCUCAAGCGGCGCCCGAUCCACGACUCGUCCAAUCCCAUCCAACAAGGCGAUUUGGACAACUUGGCCAAGUAUCCGCCGGACACCGAGCGGGCCAUCGAAGCGCCCCAGGGGUUUGGCUUCGACAAAUUCGGCCUCCUAGUCUAUGAGAAAUACGCUUCCGUCCUGCCACAGGCCGAUAGACUUGUUAGUCCGAGCUCGGCAACCCCGCCAGAAGUUGGCAAUUCUGAUACCUCUGAGGAGCCAUCGAUAUCAGACAGCACUACUAGCACAGGCCUAGAGACGGCCGCUGCCUCGGAGGGAUCGGAUCGGAUGAGUUUAGACCCUAUCGUGCGGGAGGUCAUCAAUACCGUCCUUGCCGAGGGCGCCAAUGAGGCGAUGACAAGCUGCGGCCAAUCUAGCAGUGAUUCUAAUCGGACGGAUUCCGACACCGACGGUGCUGGGGCCGAGGAUGGUCUUGGCCCUGCGAAUGCCGUCCCCGAUCAGUCUAUCAGAGUGGCACCUCGCCCACGUCCGUCCUACCAGGGCCUCGCCGGCACCAAAGCAGCCAAGCCCAGACAAGCUCGACUUCCCCGGGUCCAGGUUACAGAGAUGCCGCCAGACUGCUGUUCGAAAGUGCCAUCAUCGCUCCGAUUGGCCUUGACCAACCCGUCUCUGUUCGACCACGAGGCAGCAGCCCAACUCUUCCCUUUCCUCGGCCAGCUUUGCCGUGAGCACCUUCAGCGCUAUGCCGAACUUCGGCACCACACCGAGCAGCCACUGGCUAUGGCUUUGGCCAAAGGCGCCGGCUUGCUUGAGCAUCUAAAUACACCAAGCAAAGCCGCGUUGUACGCCGAUGCCAGUACUUCCUUCCGCCGCCGCAGAGCCUCGCUGUCCGAUAUCACCACGCCGUCGAAGCGGCCACGGCUCGACGCGCCGCUGGCACUCUCUAAGUGGCCAGGCAUUCGUGGAGACCGGCCGGCGCAGGACAUUAUAGCCGACGAUGCCUACCGGCGACGAGUGAUGGCCGAACUGCGCCAGGUCACGCCGGUCGCUGGCUCGCACGGCGAGGAAACCAAUCGGCUUGUUUACGAAUUGUUAGAGAGGGCCUGGUUUUGCACUGGCGACGAAGCAGCACAUAUGGUCGAGUCUCGGUCUCCCGUCGACGCUCCGAUCUUCACCAAAGACCAGCAGCCGUUUAGAUGGGGCGAGGGAGGACGCCCGGUUGAGCAAUUCUUUCGGAGAACGAAGGGACAAUCGGGUUCAUCUGGAUGUCAUCCCCAACAAAAGAAGAACGGGAAGCGUGGAUGGCCAACCCCCACUGCUAUACCGGUGGCAGAUGGAGAUACGUCCUCAUUCGGCCAGGCGAGACUGUUUUUCUUCGGGCCGGGCACGAUCCACGGUGUCUUUCGAGAACAAAAUUGCCAGACAUUGGCUUUCGGUGGCCAUGUUCUCCAGUGGUCUGGCAUCCAGCGCUGGAUCCAAGUUGUUCUUGCCGAGCUGAACAACCCGGCAACCACGAAUGAGGAGAUGAAGACGACCGCGCCGAAGCUCGUCGGCGUGGUAGCAACGCUUGUCGAAACCAAAGUGAAGGAGGGUCGGGUCGAGGAGCUUGGUGGCGAGGCUGCAGUCAAGGGCUUCUUCGAAUCCGUCAGAGAAGUACGGAGAAAACAAAACUGGAAGAAUUUCAAUUAGUCGCAGAGAGUUGAAGGCCAUAAUUAAGCAGGAAGGGGGGAAGGGUGUGUUCAUUGCCUUUGUAUGGUUUCCUGAGUAACAGUUCCGUAGUCAAUCUGAUCUAGUAGAGGGGAAAGGCUCGGCGAGACACAGCCCAUCGUGGAUAUUGCCUCUCUCCUUAGGGUCCCGUCUCAGAUGAGUCCCUGUCUACUACCCGG